UCCUAGUUGACGUGUCAACAACAUAUGGUCUCCAAUGCACCUUAGCUUUAUCCUUUUUCAUCUCCCUCUGCUGUUAAAUUCUGGCAUCUUUAACUAAUUUACUUUCCCAAAAUUUCUAAUAUUAAUUUCUUCAAAGGGUUAUAUUAUAUAUGUUCUUUUCAAAUGAAUUUGAUGUGAACUUGUGAGCAGGGCUUUCUUUAUGUAAUUGCCUUUUCUGGCUUCACCUACUGUUACUUUUCUUCCUUCAGAUGAGUCAAGCUAAGCAAAAUCUUUCAGUCUUGCAAGAAGCAUAAGAAUUUUCUCCCUGAUGUUCAGUUUAGAAUUUGCAACUCAAUAAUGAGAGAUGCAAUAAGAUGAGUAGAAGUUCAAGAGAAAAAGAUUUUCAAGCAAAGCAAGAGGUAUGUGCAGCCGACGACAACAAAUUCACCAAGGCAGUGCCAUCUACUUCUUCAAGACAAUGGUCUGCAUUUAGGAACCCAAGAAUUGUGCGAGUAUCGCGUUCGUUUGGAGGAAAAGAUAGGCAUAGCAAGGUCUGCACUGUAAAGGGUUUAAGGGACAGGCGAAUCAGGCUCUCUGUGCCCACAGCCGUUCAGUUAUAUGAUCUUCAAGACAGGCUUGGCCUGAGUCAGCCUAGCAAGGUAAUAGAUUGGUUGAUUGAUGCCACUAAAGAUGAUAUUGAUAAGCUUCCACCUCUCGUGAUGCCCCAAGGAUUUGGCCAAUUUGUUCAUCCUCAGCAUAUGCUACUUUCUCAUGAACCAAAUUCAUCUCUUGUACCUAAUUUCUUUGAUGCCAAUUCAGCAUCCUAUAAGGAUGGAGGAUUUUACUCCUUAGGGAUAAAUAUCAAUAGCAGUCUUGAUGAGAAUCACCGAGAAACAGUGGCAAAAUCUAAGUAUUGGGAGGCAGCUGAAGCUUCAGCGAGAUCAGGUAGAAGUAAUGAAGUUGAAAGAAUUGUUGAGAAAGGAAAAUGGAUUAAAACAAAUGAACAAGAAAAUCAAGGUGGGUUUAGCAAUUACAAUCCUCCUGAACAAGCCUCAGCACAAAUGUUCUUUCCUCUAACCAGUAGUAGCCAUUCUUCUUUACCUGGCUUACCAAACAAUCCCUUGCCUUUCAACCCUUACUACCAUUGGGAUGCUUCAAAUUUAUCCUUAUCUCAUCAAUUUCCAACCCCUGGAUUUCAAACCCAAACAGAAACUUCCCUCAGUAACAAUGUUCCAUUGCCAUCAUCAUCACAAUCACCUUUCUCUUCUGCUUCUCAAUUCUUUUUAUGUCCGCAGGUGACAAUGCCAUCACUCUUCCCACAGUAUCCUCCUUAUGCAACCACCCACAUAGAGAAUGAAUCCAGGGAAAUCAACCAUUUCCAGUUGUUGAGCUCAGGUUCACAACAUAUCCUGCCAAGUUCUCGUGCAACAAGCUUGCCAAUGAAGAAUCUCUCCUUGACUGUAAAUCCUGGGUUUGCUCAGUCUCAUCAAAGUAAAAAUGUAAGGCAGCCUGAUGAAGAAGACAAUCCAGAUUCAUAAUGCCUCUCCUUGGCUAUAGUUCAAUAAUUCCAAGCAGACUAUAUAUAUUAUAAAUUUUCAGAUUAUGGGAAUCUAUUAUCUCUAUAUUGAUACACUAAAAUUGAAAGUGGUGUCUCAUUUCAUCUCAUUAAGGAAUCGUCGUGGAAGCAAAUAUCAGCUAGGGAGUCAAUGCUGGCCUCCAUGAUCAAUUGUUUCCGUCUAAAACAAGUAAGAAACAAGAUACUUCCUCCUGUGUUGGUUUGAUUUAUGUAAACAGACAUGAUUUGCAGAAUGUGAUGUGGAGAAGCUAAAGUUUGUAAUAUGGCAAUUUUAUACAUUUUGUGUUUUUGGGUUUUAAAUUUAGUUCUUGGAGUACAUGAAUGAGAAUGUUAAUUGUUGAUUUGAUGAA